AUGGCAGCCAAAGAAAUUGAUAUGAUCACCGAUUAUGGAAUGCUGAAACUCUUUUUCCGUCACCUUGAGUGUAUCAGAGGAUGCAAGGAAAUGAUCCUGAUGUUCUAUGGCGAGGUGGAUGAAGAAUGUGAAAAGUUUGAAAUCGAAGCAAAACAAGUGUUCUCAAAGGAGUUUUUUUGUACCUAUGCAGGCAAACAUCAGUUCCGUAUUCUGUAUGUAUCAAGUUCAAUCAUGGUCAUUUUUGAUUACUAUUUAACCCCUGAUGAGAAUUUGAUAAAAGUGCUGUUUUUGGUUGGGAAAGGAGAUAGUGUGAGUGGAGAAGAGCAACAGAAAUUUGCAGAGCUGUGUGACAAGAUGCGCAUUCCAAAGGAAAAAAUCAGAUACAUGUUUGAGAAAGAUAAUGAUAAGAUCAAGAAUAUUUGCAAUAGGGAAUUCUCCAUGGCAAUUGACUCAUCUAUCUAA